AUGACCAGAACCGCCGCCCCGAGUGGACCCAUCGCACUUGCUCCGGAAAACAUUCGACCCGAAGGCGGCUUCGUGACGGCUCUCAGCAAUGCCCCAAUCAGCGGCAGCGACGAAACAAAGAUCAUAUACACCCUCCGCCACGGAAACACCCCCCACAACGAGGACUCCCAGACCUGGGGCAAGCCCGUGGCCUGGCGGUACCUAUCCGGCCUGGCGAAGAACUUCGACCCGCCAAUUACAGCGGACGGGGUCUCCAACACCGAUUUGGCCGCCCGAUAUCUGAGCGAAGCGAUGCACGCUGAGGCAGCCCCGCGACCCCUGGCGAUCUACUCGUCGCCGCUGCGGCGGUGCAUUCAGACGGCUGUGCACAUGAUUAAGCAGGCCGGUCUGCACUACCCGAGGCCCGAUGGCCGUUUGCCUCCUAUCACGCUGCACGUCAAGGAAGGUUUACGCGAGUGGAUGGGAUAUGGCCAUAAUCACCAGUCCGACCACAAGGGAAGCAGGGCAGAGAUCCAGGCGCUUGUCGAGCAGCUGAGUUCCGAGCUGGGUAUUUAUGUCGCCUACGAGUUGGACGUGACGGAGCAGGAGGACUUCCAUGACGAAGUCUACAUCAAUGUGGACCAGCGCGUGCGUGGCGUCCUGGACGACAUCUUCAGCAACCCCAACUCGGGAGACUGCGUGAUGCUGGUGCUGCACAGCCGCUGCAACAAGUCGUUCCUGCGCGUCAUGGGCCACCCGCCAGCGGCUGUCGACAACUUCGAGAUGGCAAACUGCGCCGUGCUCCCGUACCGCGUCACCAGGCGCAUGUUGGACGACGAAGAGGUCGCUCAGCGUGUGGAGUACGAGUAUGACCAGUGGCAAAGGGAUCAGAGCGAGGCUGAGGCUAGCAAGAGCGCGAGACACUGGCAGGCCGUCGAGGACGUCAGGGCCUGGGAGAAUGACCCGGGAUCUUGGCACCGGCUGGAGAGCUUGCGGGACCUUUUGAGAUUUUACCAGGGCCACAACGAUCCAGCGGCAGGCGAUGCCCUUGACUUGCUGGAGGAAGAUCUACACCCAUCACAGACUUGA